AUUUCGGCGGGAAUUCGUUGAACGUUCGAAUUGUGGCUGCCAUAUUGAAUUAUAAUAGGGAAGAAAAAAACGUAUUUUAUGGUUCUUUUUAAUGCUUAUUUCGAACUGAAACUGACGGAACACAUGAUAUAGCCCCUUUUGCUCUACUAGCAUCAUGUUUUAUCAUCAAUUCAUCUUGGCCAAAAAGGCUCCACUGGCCAGAGUAUGGCUUGCUGCUCACUGGGAGCGUAAGCUUAGCAAGGCACUGGUCUCUGAAACAGAUCUCCCCUCAUCAGUCGAGAGUAUCAUCUCACCCAAAGUCAAGCUUGCCUUACGAACAUCUGGUCAUCUACUUCUUGGUGUUGUCAGAAUAUACUCCAGGAAAACUAAAUAUCUGUUGGCUGACUGCACAGAAGCAUUUGUAAAAAUCAAGAUGGCAUUCCGUCCAGGAGUGGUUGAUUUGCCUGAAGAGGGAAGAGAGCUGGCAUUUGCAGCAGUUACCAUGCCAGAAGUUUUUACUGACCUUGAUAUGACACUGCCUGAACUCAAUGAGGUUGAAAUUCAUGCUCAGUUCACCCUUAAUCAAGGAAGAAUUGAAGAGAUUACAAUGAAGGAAGACAUAAUCACGAACAACUUCAUUGGAGAUGAUGGUUUUGGAGACAUAAUGUUUGAGGGGGAGCUGGAAACCGAGAUGUUCAGACACCAGGCUUCCAUUGAGGAACCUCUUAACAAGACAAAUGACAUCUCUAAACUGAGCACUAUUGAUGAACCAAAGGCAAUCACAGACUCAACUUUAGAAAGGAGCAGGAUAGAUAUAGCACUUGAUGAGCCAAUCAAAGACGAUGGAUUUGGUGGGGAAGGUGUGGAUUUUCUGGCAGAUGGAUUUGGAGAUGAACUUGGUGGUGAUGCUCUAGUUCCUGGUUUUGAUGACUUGCCAACUACCUUGGCUGCUGUAGAUGUUACUUUAGAACCUGUGGAUACCAAGUUAGACUCAGAAGAACAGAAGGAAACUUCCAGUGCUGAAACUGGACAAGAAGAAAGUGUUAUAAAUGAGACUGCAAAUGAAACAACUCUGUUACACAAUGAAUCAGAGGCCUUUGUACUUGAACCUGUGGAAGUUGUUCAAAAAGAAAAGCGUAGUCGUAGGAAAAGAAAGCUAAUAGUUGAUGAUGAAAAGUUGUUGGCUACAGAAGCAAUCAAGUCCCAACUGUCUGACACAUCUGAUAUUGUCCGAUCAGCCACACUCGCUCCUCCAACAAAGUGCAGAAUGAAGCUGAAAAUUUCUUCAACCGUUGAAAAGCUUUUUGCUCUGCCUGGCACAGAAUUCUUUGCAUUGCCAGUGGUGGAAGCCUUUGUGCAAAAUCUAACAAAGGAUGUCAAUGGUGGGUCUGAUACAGCUGAAUCAGAAGAAAAAAUGGACAUUGAUGAACCAGAAGUUGCAAGAGAAGAAGAGGAGGGAUCAGGAAUUUACGAAGCUAGUAAACGAUCUUCAGUUUCUUUUGCCAACAUGGAGGCUAAUGAGACAGUAUUACCUGAUGAACCCAUUGAUGUUACUCUUGACCAGAAUUUUGAACGUCCAGGAGAAGAGGAAGAGCAGUUCUUAGCUGGAGGUGUGGAGGAUAUUUAUCCAAACAGGGAUGAGCUAGAAGAUAAUGAACUAGAACAGGAAUUGGCAGCUUCCCAAACAAAUGAAGAGCAGCAAAGCUCUGAGACAAGUGAACAGUUUGAAAACCGACGAUGGACAAAACGUACACAACAGUUGCUUCAUACUCUUAAGAGAGAGUUCAACAAAAAAGACACUGUCAGCUUUGGAAGCUUGGUGCACAAAGGAAGUAGGAAACAAGUGGCGUACAAAUUUUACAGUUGUUUGCUGCUUAGCAAGGAAUCCAGUAUCAAUGUUCAUCAGAAAAAGCCAUUUGGAGACAUUUCAAUCUCUAAAGGACAUAAAUUUGAUUCAGUGUGUUAGAAGCUAUUCUUGUAUUUUAGAUGUUUCUACUGUUAGAUAGUAUCUAUUCAAUCGCACUACAUACAAUGGGCUUUUUUUUUUUUAAGCAAUUUAUAAGAUAGCUAAGUUAGAAUUGACCCAUGCAGACAUUGUACUUAAUAUUGUUUGCUCCAUAGAACUUUGUUGGAGAAAAUGUUACUUACACUGGCUGGAUUACAUAUUGCCUUAUCAGUUCAAAGCCACUAAUAGAAAUUGGCAAUUUGGCUUUUUCUCUGUCUGAAGUGCCACUGCAUGAUGUCCAUUACAUUGAGGGUUUGCACCUUAGAUCAAAAGUAAUUAAGGAUUAUAUUGACUUGGUUGUGUUUCACUUUGCUCUGCUAUCAGUCCUGGAACUGACCCUAUCUUCUCAAAAACCUUCCAUCACUUGUUUCCUGGGGUCCUCACAAUAUCAAGGCCUUUUCUAUGUGUCAACUUUGUGGCUUCAUUCUCUGCUUUUUAUAUUUCCAUUUUAUUGUGCCAGGUAAAUCUGAUUGCUUUAAUUUUAGUUUUAUGACUCUUGGUUCAAAAACUUCUCUUUCACCUUCAAACAUAUUUAUCUCCUGGACAAUGUUUUCUUACUGCAAGAAAGGAAAGGAAGACUAAGGGUUUGGCCUCCUCAUCUUUACCUUGUGAUGGGUACAUUUAUGUGUCAAAUAUGCACAUCACAGAUGAUGAUCACGAUAGUGUUUGUAAAAAUGUAUGUUACUGAGAUAGAGGUGGAAUACUUUCCCACUUUUUGGGGGUUUUUAUCUGUAAAUGUAUUGAAAGAGUUGUGUGUUUGUAAAUACCUGUAAUUAUAUUAAUGGCAUAUUUUUUAUUGAAAGUUUUUCUUUGUUUACCUUACGUGAUUCAGUUUUUAUCCCCACAUGUACUUUUAUCAGAAGAAUAAUCAUAUGUGCCAUAGGUAGCCUUCAUUGAUGCAUUGGCAGACAGCUGGGUAGUAGGAAAGAAACGAUAGUCAUCUAGGCAUCUGUUACUACUGUUGGCCUACUGUGUUGGAACACAUACACGUAAAAGCAACUUAUUGAUUGCCUUGUUGGUCAAUAUAUUAUUGGAUAUAUCAAGUGAGGCUACUCAGAGUAACUAUGAUCUAACAGUUACAGAUGGUUAAUUCCUAAGCUGCUAGAGUGUGGUUAUAAGAUUUGUGAACUUAAUUAGCUUUUGAAUGAAGUGUAUAUAUGAUAUUUCUGUGUGUAGCAUAGUUUUAGAUAAAGUGUUAUGCUUAAAAAGUUUGUUGUAGGCUUUCUUUGGAACCUGAAUGCAGUACUUAGUACUACCUAAAUCGUGAAAGGCCUUCAUUUUUAGUGAAUUUUGUAAUUUUUCCUUGAUGGCAAUUACACGAAGCACACUUUUUAGAAAAGUUAAGCCACAAAUGGCUUUUACAAUGGUUCACCUUUAAGUAAAUACCACAAAAUUGUUUUUGGCUAGUUAACAACAGACCUCCCUUGAGCAACUGUUUGCUCCACAUAUUUAGAUAAACAUUAGUUCAAAGAAAAAAGACUAGUUUGCAAAUGGUUAUAAGCAUAACCUUUUUUAACUUUCGUUGAUAUUUUCUUUGCUUUAAUAGUUUUAAUUAUUGUAUAUAGUUAAACAAAUAAUAGCUGGGCGUUUAGGUGGUGUUCUGUUGACAUUGAUUGAAAACUUCAUUUCCCUUAAGGAAAGCAUUAAUAUUCCCACAUUACAUUAGAAAUUACGUGCAUUCUAGUUAACACUUCUGUAAUUAAAAGUUAUCUUUAAUGAGCAGUAACAACAUGGUGUAUCUUGAAAUGAUUUCAAGUGAAAAAUAAGUUUAUUUA